AUGCGCUGUAUUCCUAGGUUACGGUCCCCCGCCGCGGCGGCCAUCGUGUGCCAGUCAUCCACGGCCGCCUCUGCUACCCUCCGCAUCCCCGCCAUCACUCCCGCCGCAGCCACCCCGGCGACGAUUUCUACCCUCCUCUCCUCGACGAACCAUUCCCCCUCCUGCUCUUGCCCAUUGCAUUCCCAGACCGCCCGCAGGUACCUCAGCACGACGCCUGCCCGCCCCGAGCAUCAGCAGGAGCAGGCAGCCGCUCAAGAAGAGGAGUAUGUCGAGUAUCCCUCUCGGCCUCAGAUCCAGACCGACCUUGUCAUCCCCGGCCGCAUUCGCAGCGCCCCGAUCUCUGAGAAGAUCACCGACGCCACCUACACACCGGCAGAGACGGCCGACGGGUUGGUUGAGAUCGGUGGCCUGGACAAGUGGUGGGAUGACCCGAUGCAUUGGGGUGGCCCUGAGGGUCCCGCGCGCGCUGUUGCUGUCGCUGCGCCUCGGUUUGGCCCCGUCCAGCGUAUGACGGACCCUGCCUACCUCGAGGCGAUCACGAAGCGAGCAAUCAUCGAGGCCAUUGUGCUGGCCAAGUACUUCCACGGCAGCAACGAUAAGCGCGACCAGGAGGUGCUGAGGAGGGUGUUCAACGUCUUUGGCGGCAACGACUGGCUGCUGAAGAUGAUGGAGAUUGAGCUUGUUGCGGGCGAGGAUGGAGCUGUGAAGAUUAAAGAUUUCCGGGACGAGCACAGCGUGCGGGAUGUGAUGAAGGACGCUGUGGCGAAGGCCAUCAAGGCUGAGAAGGAGGGCACUGAGGUGCCACGGACAGAGGUUGUGUGGACGCCCAAGUUCAGGGCGAGCACAGCGAAGAAGAUGGUUGAGUCUUGGGGCAAGGAGUGGAAGAAGGCGGAGCUGCGGGAUCCCGUCGUCAAGUUCUAUGCCGCCAAGCGCAUCCAACAGCUGACAGGCCACCGCAUCCCCGAUGGCAAGUUGCACGGCUACAAGACCAUUGAGGCCCUACUCAGGCACCUCGUCGACCCGCCUAAGGCCAAGAAACUCUUCGAAGUCGUCCAGCAGAAGGGCGUCUUCAACGAGCUACCUAACGUCAAGGUUUUCCCCAGAAGAGUCACCCCUAUCGACGAGGAACAGAUGGUGGGUCGCUGGAAGGUCAUCGUGCGGGAGCUCAAGAAGCGCGAACUGCCCAUUAUCGGCCACGAGCAUCUCGAGGGUCCUGUCGAGCAGAGAUGGAUUACCGGCAAGAACAAUGACCUCCUGAAUGGCCGGAUCAGCGUUCCUGAGGGCGAAGAUGAGAAGUCAUGGAGGACAGAUCAGCUCAAAAAUGUGCUCCAAACGGUCCAACAAGGCACUGCAGAUGGCCAAGCUUCCAUCAUCGAGCUGCUCGCCAACGCUGCAAGAGACCAGUCAUGGAGGUCAGCUCUUGGAGAAUCCGGACUGAUUAACUUCGUCCUUGACGUCGUUUCAGCCGAUGGCCCCUUGGCGCCUGAUCACCCCUUGAACAAGCAAGUCCUCCGUUUCCUUGGCAAUGGUUGUGCCGACAAUGAGCCAAACCGUGCCAUCAUUGAGAAGACAGGCAAGCUACCUGCCUUUAUUCUCAGGUGCCUGAAGGAGGAGUCGUUGAUGCCGUUCGCGUGUAUUGCUGCGCUGAACUAUUGCCUCGACUAUCUCCCGGCUCAGUCACAAAUGUCGGCAUAUGGGUUGAGCAAGGCUCUGGUAGACAUAGUAUCUGGCGACCGCCUGGAAUGGUGUCUGGAGGGCCCCUUGCCUUCAUUAUCGCAUAUCAUGACGGUCUUGGAGUUGCUCAGCAACCAAGACCACGAACCCUCAAAGGCCUAUCCCGACACACCCUCUCAACUCCUCAAACUCGCCACUAGCGACAGAUACGACGCCGACCUGGACUCCUUCAUGGAAAUCUGCUCUCCCGCCCUCGCCUAUCUCACCAGCUCGCACUUCCAAACCCAUUUCCUCUCCUCUCAAAACCUUAUCCUCAUUGAAGAAGCCUUCACCCAGCUUUACACCCGUUUCGACACCUCCGAUAUUGACGAAGACACCGCUGCCCAACUCAAACAAAUUGGCGAGGCCUUCCUAACCGUCUUUGCCGACCUCUCUGCCCUUCCAGAUUUCUCAACCGCCUGCUCAUUGGACAGCCAGCCUGGCAGGACACUUGCAAGUUGGCUAGAAUCCUCUCAACCUCCCUACCUCCAAGCAGCAGCAUGCCUAGUCCUAGGCAACCUCUCACGCUCAGACGAGUCGAGCAUCGCUCUUCUGCCCAAAGUUCAAUCCUCUCUGGUCGGCAUCCUUAUCCGCAUGAUCCCCUCGUCCCAAUCCCCAACUGAUAUUAGCAAGCCCACCGGCUGGUCCCCCAUCCAACUUACCCACGCAGCGCUCAACUUCGCCAAGAACCUCGCCAUCCCGGCAGCCAACAAACCUUCGCUCGGCGCAGCCCUCCUCGAUCCUGUCCAUCCAAUCUUGCCCCGUCUGUGGUCCUCAACGCGCACCCAGCCCCAACUCCAAUUCGCCGCCGUCUCACUCACUCGCCUGCUGCUGGUCAACUGCCCUUCUAACGUCACUCUCCUCUGCACCCCGUUAGAGGCCAAUAACAACAACGGACCCAGCACCCUUGCCUUGUUGGUUAGCGCCUCAACCUCGGCCGACGCAGACCCAAUUAAACAUGAAGUGUCUCGCGCCGUGGCGACGGUUUGUCGGGCUCUGCACUCUCCCAACACAAACACUACUUCUCCAGUCCUCAACCCCUCUUGGAACUGGGGGGCGUCAGACGCGCCAUCCCCGCUUGCAGCGUUCUACACUACUCAUAGUGCUCACAUCGUAAAUGCUCUACGUCACCCGCUGAUGCAAACACGUUUCCCUGCUCUCAGGGCAGAUGUGAUUUUCACAUUGGCACUCAUGACCCGAUCCUCGGAAGAGGGGGCGAAGGUUGCGUUGAGGGUGUUCUUGCCACCGAGUGAGCCGCGGGAGGGUGUGGAAAUGGAUGAGAAGGCAAAGAAGAAGCAGGAGAAGGAGAAGGCUGAAGCGAAGACAUGCUGGCUGGCUUUGGCGGAGGUUAUUCUCGGAGCAGACGAGGCUAAGAAGUUGGAGGGGUUGUUUUUGUUUGGGGAUACGAGUGCUCAGGGUAGUGAAGAUCGAGGUGAGGAUAGUAAGAGGGAGGAGAAGGACGGCGAUGUGUCAGUCAUUCAGGUUGGCAUGGAUGGGCUGUCACUCUCACCACAGCAGAUCGACAUGCAGGCUCAGAAAGAGCAGCCGGCACAUGCGGUCAGGAUGAACCGGGAGAACGGGUUGGUAUUGCUGGCGGAGCUGUUUAGAAGAUUCACUGAGGAAUUGGCCCUUCUCAGAAAGACGAUCGAGACGCUCCUGACCAAGGGUGGCGAGUUUGUCGUCAAGGAUCGCCAAGAACAGAGUUAG